AUAAACAAAUUGAUAGGUAAUAGUGGUUUAAAGUGAUCGCAACACUAAACAAGUAAACAUUGUUUGAGUUUGUUUUUUGUGGCCACAAAUCGGACGCUCACUUCACGAACAGUUAUGUCGUCGGCGGUUACGGUCAAAGAAGAAGUGAUGGACACCAUUGAUGCAGCCGUCGGUACAGCCGAUAGUCAACAAUCGGCAGUUCUGAAACCGUUAUCAUCGGUUGGAGAUAAGAUUGCGGACACAACAUCUAUGGCCAUCAAAAGCGAGUCAAAUGAGGACAACACCGUAAAUGACAUCAAUACGAGUGCUGUGCCGUCGGCUGUUGCUGUCGGUGCUGGCAGUCGUACGGCCAACACUUCAUACAAUAAUAGUAAUGUUAACAAACGCAACGUCCGUAAAGCCCGACGUCCCGGAGCUAAGGUUGACAUGAGAGCCAAACUGGAACGGAGUCGCCAAUCGGCCCGUGAAUGCAGGGCUCGCAAGAAGUUGCGGUACCAGUAUUUGGAGGAUCUGGUGGUUAAGCGUGAGUUGGCUAAUAUGACGCUCAGACAGGAACUACAAAUGUACCGGGAGAUAAGCAAGAAAGUAGACUCGGGUCAUAAACCGCAGGAAUUGUUGGCCAAAGCACUGGACGAAGGGGAUAAACAACGUAAAAAUAAUAGACGUGCAUAAAUCGGGUUAUGGAUAUACGGAUCGGGUAUUCAACCCCAAUGAGAGCAUUGUAGAAGACAGUCAUCACCUCAAAUACAUUCAUUCAUAGAUACACCUAAUUUGCUAAAUGUUAUUGCCAUUUAAAUAUGUAUUUUAAAUUGCUUUUUAUAAAAUAUAUAUA